AUGAGCGCCCCGCCGGCCCCGAAGCGCCAGACGCGGCGCCAGGCGUCGAACCGGCCGGCCGUGGGCCAGUCGCGGUCCGUCGUGCGGAGCGACGGCACGGUGCUCGCCGCCGAGGUGCUCGAGGUCGACGAGGCCGGCGCGUGCCCGCGCUACUACGUGCACUACCUCGCCCACGACCGGCGCCUCGACGAGUGGGUCGACGAGGCCCAGUUCCACGGCUCCGAGGCCGACUGCGCGUCCGACGGGUCGCCCGCGAAGCGGUCGCACAAGCGGAAGCAGGAGGGCAGCGGCGGCAACGCGGCCUUCGGCCAGCUGCCCCACGCGCGGCGCGCGGGCGAGACGGACCCGAGCGUCGCCGAGCGGCUCGAGGCCGCGCGCGAGAAGAUCACGCGCGUGAAGAACAUUCGGGCGGUGGUCUUCUCCCGGUGGCGUUUGGAGCCGUGGUACUGGGCGCCCUUCCCCGAGACGUACCACGACCGCACGCUCUACGUCUGCGACUUCACGUUACGAUACACGGCUUCCAAGCUGGCCAUGGACGCGCACCACCGCUCCUACGCGGGGCCGCGGCGGCCGCCGGGGAACCGGUGCUACGGCCCCGACGGCGACGGCGUCUGCCUCUUCGAGGUCGACGGCUCGGCGCACGCGCUCUACUGCCAGAACCUGUGCCUGUUGGCGAAGCUCUUCCUGGACCACAAGACGCUCUACUACGACGUGGACCCGUUCCUCUUCUACGUGCUCACGGACUCGUCCGUCGGCGCGGACGGCGAGCCCGAGCACCGCGUGCUGGGCUACUUCUCCAAGGAGAAGCAGAGCGACUUCCACUACAACCUGGCCUGCAUCCUCACGUUCCCCCAGUACCAGCGCCAGGGCCUGGGGACGCUGCUCAUCUCGUUGUCGUACGAGCUCUCGAAGCGCGAGCGGAAGCUCGGGUCCCCGGAGAAGCCGCUGAGCGACCUGGGCAAGCUGAGCUACCGGAGCUACUGGUCCUGGAUCAUCCUCAACGAGCUCCGCGACUACGACGGCACGCGGUCCAUGGAGGAGAUCUCGCGGCACCUCGCGAUCCGCAUCGAGGACCUCCUCAGCACGCUCCACGUGCUCAACAUGAUCCGCCACUGGAAGGGCCAGCUGCUCGUGCGCGCCCACAAGGGCGACAUCGAGGCCAUGAUCGCCGCCGUCAAGCGGCCGCCGCGCCUCUGCGACCCGUCCAAGGUCUCCUGGACGCCGCCCGCGACGCCGCCGCCGCCGCCGGCCGCGUCCAAGGCGAAGGAUAAGGCGAAACCGUAG